ACCAGAUGCACAGCAGGAGGGGGCUGAUUCAGCUCAGGAAACGACUCCUGUGAUAUCCUCCUCAGGACCCUUUACCCGCGGCAAUGUAUGGGUGCUGUAAGAAAGUACAGGUUUCCCUCUUAUUUUCUGCCCUCUUUUUCUUUUGGGCUAAUUAAUGUUUGGCAUGUUUUCUCCCACCACCAUUUUAUAUUAUAUCCUUCUCACCAUAUUCAAAUGAUUUUUCCCCUUACAUCCUCAGACAAAACCAUCUCAGGAGAGAGAAGUUAAGAGUGAAGAGUAAUAGAUCUUGAGCCACUCUCAUCAUGGUUGGGAGGCAUCUUCCAUAGGCAAAACCUAAAUCCCCUUCACUGCACUACACUGGCUCUAACUUUUCUAAAGUGCUCUGACCUAUUUGGAAUUUGCACUAGGAUGGUUUGGAUGUUGCAAGACUCUUGGUGAUGACAGGUAAGUGCUAUUGGGACAGAGUAAGGGGGCUCCCCUAUUUUCCCAUUGUGGGUGACCCUGAAGAACCCUCCAAAACUGUUUGUACCAUUAAACAGGUCAUUCUGCCAAGAAGCUUUUUCUAAUAUUUAGCUAGAGUGGUGGAAAACAUGAGUCUGACCAAGCUGCGGGAGGCAGUGGAAGACAGGGGUGCCUGGCGUGCUCUGGUCCAUGGGGUCACGAAGAGUCGGACACGACUAAACGACUAAACAACAACGAUGGAAAACAAAAAUGCUCCAUCUAUGGGCUAGCCCAUGGGUAGGCAAACUAAGGCCCAAUCGCCUUCUCAAUCCAGCCCACGGACGGUCUGGGAAUCAGCAUGUUUACAGGAGUAGAAUGUGUCCUUUUAUUUAAAAUGCAUCUCUGGGUUAUUUGUGGGGCAUAGUCAUUCGUUCAUCCCCCCAAAAAAAUAGUCUGGCCCCCCCACAAGGUCUGAGGGACAGUGGACUGGCCCCUUCUGAAAAAGUUUGCUGUCCCCUGUGCUAGCCCUUCAAAAAUUUGAAGAUGGCCUCUGAAUAUUGCCUCUUAAUUGUCUCUUCUCCAAGUUAAAGAUAACCAACUCAACCUUUUCUCAUCAGACUGGUUCUCCAGACACCUCACCAUCUUUACUUCCUUCUCUGGAAAUGUACCAGUUUAUCAAUAUCCUUCCUUCAAGUGAAAGUUGGCUAUAUUCUUCUUGAAAAGAAAGGUGGUCUUUAAUUUCUAAUAUUAGUAGUAGUUGUUGUAAAUUUGCAUGGUGGUAGACAGCCCUGCAGUUUGAGUCAAGCUGUCACACAGUAGAGGAUCCCACCCAACCUCAUCUGUUGAAGACCAGUGCUCUAAGUCAACACAACACAACUUCAUCUUCACCAGUCAGUAGAAUGGGGAUAAUUUUGCUGCCGCUCACUUAUGCUCCAAAGUUAUGCUGCAGUUAGUGUCAUACAACCAGCAGAAACAUUCUCAAGUGGCAGACCAAGCACAAUGUGCAUGGUGCUGUGCUAUGAACUGGCUCUAUCCAUGGCCAAUGUGUAUUUAUUUGGAAAGCAAUGGUGCCUGAACACUGAAUUCGCUUCCUUUCUUCUCCUCUUCAUUGUCUCUUCCUUUUGUAUGUGUCAAAUAUUUGUUAGUUUGAAAGCCAUUCUGGAGUAGGAACCAGUCUAUUUUUUGUCCAGCCCUAAAUACGCUAUUUUUAUCCUAAUUCUUCUAUAUACAGCCCUAAAUACUUGAUGAUGAUGGGAAUCAUCACCACCGUCAAAUAAUACGCAACAAUAACAACAGCAAUAUGUAAAAAACAAUCAUAUCGAUAUGCAAAUAAGAUUUAUAUCUGCUUCGUGCUUAAAUUACUCCCAAACUGUGCAAAAGCGCUUUCCCCCGCAUCUCAUCAUCUUCGUUUUCUUUCUCCCUCGUUGCCAUAGGAACCGCCACCUACGAGCCUUGUCUUGCUGGGCGUGCCCACGAGUGACUUUUUUAAAGUCUACGCAUGCGCCAGCACGGACCCGGUGAGCGAGACUGCGGCGCGGUGAGAAAGAUGAUGGCGGUCGUGAUAGACCGUCGUCUCGCGAGGCGUGGCUGAGAUCGCGUUCGAGGCGACGCGGAAGAGGCUGGGGAGAGAACCCGGAAGUGGGCGAGGAGGGAGCCCGGAAGUUUUGGUCAGGGGAGUAGACAGAGGACUCAAUUCAGAAUGGACGGUAAGGCAGCUCUUUCCCCUUCUUCCUCGGGUGGGUGGGGGAUGGAGCGAUUUCACAUUCAACCCUGAUGCAGGGUGUGGGGACUGGAGCCUUGCCUACAGUGGGGUGGGGAUAACUGGGAAGGUGAAAGAGGGGUGGGGUUCCUGGGGGUGGGGAAGUGUGUAACAAUGAAGCCAUCGAGACAUGAUUUUAGCAUUCGCCCACCCAGCCCCCGGCCUUGACUCCCAUAAAGUGUGUGUGUGUGUGUGUGUGCACCCCUUGUGCAUGUGAGCUGGAGGUAAAUUCUCUCGAGUUGUUUAGAAGGGAUCUGGGGUGGGGAUAUCUCUCCAGGCUGCCUUCCUGCCUGCCUGUUAGAGUUGUUGACUUUUUCUCUCCCCUCCGCCCCCAGGCUCCUGCCUCACACACAUUUGUCAGGCAAAGGUUCACCUGUUCAGUUUCUGGCACAAGUGCCUUCCUAGAAAAGGAAGUUGACAACCUUAUUGCCCCCCUAAGACAAGGCAAUCAAGAAGCACACAUGGGAGGAGGAGGGGAGGUUCUUUUUCUUCUUCCUUCAACUAAAGGCAAGUGGCUGCUUGACAUGCAGGCAAAAAUCUAUCUGCUGUGUUUGGUAUUUUGAAGGAAUGCUUCCCCUUCCCCAUCAAAUUGUUCUGAUUAAAUGUCUGGGGUGUUUGUUUUGCCUGCAGAGUGUGUUUAGGCUAACUUAAUUUUAGUCAUUUAGUACAACUUAGUACAAUUCAUGGAUUGCAUAGGUUGCCGAGUCUGACCACCCUGUCGUAUGUCACAGGGUUGGACUAAAUAGUGUCUUGGAUAUGCCUUGGGAUUUUGUGGGAGACAGAGUCAGAUGCUUGGCUUUGAUCUUUGAUAUAGCCCACUUUCAUUACUCCGGCACUUCACUCACAAAUGGCUAGGUAAUCUGGAUUGUGCGUUUUGUUUGAAAUAUGUGGCACAGAGGUUCCUGCCUAAGGGCAGGGGGUCAGUCAGUGAUUUUCUAACCCAUACUAGAAAAUAUCUAUUGGUAUUAUGAUAUGCCCCAAGGGAUGGAGCCCUGUGGACAGAAAUGUAUGCCCGUGAGAGGCAUGUUUGCAUUGGCCAGAAACUGAUCUUUUCAUAAUAAUAAUUUUAACAAUAUUUUUAUUAUAUGUACCCUGUCCAUCUGACUGGGUUGUUCUAGCCACUCAUCUGGCUGGCAGUCCUUUCAAGAGAAUCAUUUUUGCGAGCCAUAUAAGACUGUGUGUUUAGAGUCUUCAAAAGGGGAUCCUUUAACAAGCAGUAAUGUAUUUUCCUCAUUUCUUGUAUGCCACUUCCUGUUCCUGGAUGCCAGACAGGUGACACAGUGUAUGAGCCAGUUACCUGGGUAGCAUAGUGUUUGAUCAAUUUCCUCUCACCACAGAGUUAGAACAGGAGUCUCCAGCUAGCAGUUAUCCUCCAGGCAGCUUGAGAGGCCAGAGUACAAAGGAAAAUGAUUGCCAUGGUUAAAGUUGAGUGUUGAAUUCUGGAGAGAGAAAGUGCUGUGGCACUUUGAAAGACUGGCUUACUAAUAUAUUGUCACAUGAUUAGUAUAUAGGCUAUAAAUGCAUGACAGGUCAAGAAGUUGGGCUCCAAGGUGCAACGAUUCCUCCUGUGGAACUGUGGGACUGGAAAAACAUAAUGAUUUUUAGCAGCAAAUGUAAAAAAUGUAGGAGCUAGUUCAUUGUAUAGAGAUGAAUGUAUUUCAUAUUCCUUAUGUAAAGUUGCUAGAGACAAAGUGCUUAGCACAAAGGAUAUUUGUUGCUCUAUGGAAAGGGUGUGUUUAAUGUACCCAGUUUGGACCUCUUUGGGCUAGAAGGAAUGUUUGGGUUGGUGGAAAUUUCAGUCAGUACCCUUCAUUCUGAGACCUUUAUUCUGAAACCCAACUAUUGUCAUCUUUCUCUUCACAGAUACACUCUUCCAGUUAAAGGUGAGUGCUGGACACUAUGAAAUGCUGUUUCUUGUUGCCAGCUAGGGCUUAACUAUUAACUAUUCUGCAGCAAAGUAUAGAAAGGGAUGUAAAUUUCUUUUUUAAAAAUAUACUGUACACAGUGAAGAUGCUGAAUUAUUAAGAGAGAAUUUAUUUAUUUUGAAGAUUAAUACCUUGCCUUUCAAAUGGAUGGUCUGCAAGGAGGCUAACAGUCCUCAAGGCAGCUGUAUGUGCAAUUUGCUUUUAAAAAAUCACCAUUUUAAAAAUGCACUUUUUUCAUGGUGAACUUAUGUAGGUGGCACCUAGGUUUCUGUCAGGAAGUAUUGUCUUUCUUGGACAGAGAAAGCAUCUCCUUUCUGGACUGGUAGGUUACUAGUUUGUAGUUGUGUAUGAGACUCUGGGAUGGGCAGCUCCUGGGGACCACUUUAGGUAGUGGAAGUUUCACUGACUCAGACUAGCUUUUCCCACAGCUCUCAAUUGUGCAUUCAAUGCAGGUGGCUUCUAUUCUGUCCUGUAAAAUUUAUUGAUACCCUACAGUAUGCCAACCCCUUGGUAUUGCUUCUUUGUGGGCCUCAGAUUUGUGGACUCUGAAUAUGCACACAACUUAAAAAUUACUCAGGAUGUAUUGGUCUAAAGUAGGGAGACAAUGGCCAUUUCUACCUCUUGUUUCUGUACAAGAGCCCUCCUGGACCAGGCCAGAUGCCUGUCACACAGCAGCCAGCCAGAUGACUCUGAGAAGCCCCCAAGUAGGACACGAACACAAUGACACUCUCAUCUUCAUGAUCCACAGUAAUAGUUAUUCACUGGAAGUGAUAUAACCCUCAUGACUAGUAGCCAUUGUUAUCCGUUUCUCCAUGAAUUUGUCAAAUCAUCUUUUAAAGUCAUCCAAGUUGGUGGCCAGUACAAUCUCUUGUGGUAGCCAGUUCUAUAGAUGAACUGUGUGAUGUGUGAAUAUCCCCCCCCCCUUUCAUCUGCUUUAAAUUUUCCACAUUUCAGAUUCUUUUUUUUUUUUUUUUUUUUAAAGCAAUUUAUUGGGUUUUACAAUAGAAAUAAAUGUAAUAAACAAUAUAACAUUCGUCUUAACAUAAUUUCACAUUUUCUUUGGACUUCCUCACAUCUCCCGCUCCCACCUUCAUCAUUAUAACAUUUUGUCAGCAAUUUAUCAUCUUAUUUAAAUUCUUAUAUCUCUUCGAUAUUUCAUGAUCUUAUAGUUCUCAUAAAGAGUUAAACUUUCACAAUUUUUCUUAUUUUCUUAAAAACUUCUAAGUUAAGUGGUGCUCAGUUAUUUAGACAAGCAUCUUAUUCAGCAUUCAAUCAAAUCACAAUGUUUUUGCAGGUAGUUCUUAAAUUUCUUCCAAUCCUCCUCGAUUCUCUCUUCUCCCAGGUCACGGAUUCUGCCAGUCAUUUCAGCCAGUUGCAUAUAGUCUAUCAGUUGCAUCUGCCAUUCUUCCAGUGUGGGUAGAUCUUGAGUUUUCCAAUGUUUUGCGAGUAGUAUCCUUGCUGCUGUUGUUGCAUACAUAAAAAAUGUUUGGUCCUUCUUUGCCACCCCUUGGCUGACAAUACCCAAAAGGAAAGCCUCUGGUUUCUUAGUGAAGGUAUAUUUAAAUACCUUUUUCAGUUCAUUAUAAAUCAUUUCCCAGAACGCCUUCACUUUAGGGCAGGUCCACCAGAGGUGAAAGAACGUUCCUUCACACUCUUUACAUUUCCAGCACUUGUUAUCAGACAGGUGGUAAAUUUUUGCGAGUUUGACUGGGGUCAUAUACCAUCUAUAAAUCAUUUUCAUUACAUUUUCUUUCAAAGCAUUGCAUGCAGUGAAUUUCAGUCCGUUACUCCACAGCCUUUCCCAGUCCUCAAACAUAAUAUUAUACCCAAUAUCCUGUGCCCACCUUAUCAUAGCCGAUUUAACCAUUUCAUCUUGUGUAUUCCAUUCCAACAGCAAGUUAUACAUCCUUGAAAGUAUCUUAGUCUUUGGUUCUAACAAUUCUGUUUCUAAUUUCGAUUUCUCCACCUGGAACCCUAGUUUCUUAUCAUUUUUAAAAACUUCCUUAAUCUGAGCAUAAUGUAACCAAUCUCGCACUUUGUCUUUCAUUUUCUCCAAACUCUGCAAUUUCCAAUUGUCUCCAUCUUUUUCUAGUAUUUCCCAAUAUUUUGGCCAUUUGGCCUCCAUAUUGGGUCUUUUCCGGGCCUUGGCUUCCAAAGGUGAAAGCCACCUUGGUGUUUUAUUUUCCAGCAAGUCUUUAUAUUUUGUCCAGACAUUAAACAGUGAUUUUCUAACAAUAUGGUUCUUAAAGGCCUUAUUUGCUUUAACUUUGUCAUACCAUAAAUAUGCAUGCCAUCCAAAAACAUUGUUAAACCCUUCCAAAUCUAACACAUCAGUGUCUUCAAGAAGUAGCCAAUCUUUUAGCCAGCAGAACGCUGCGGCUUCGUAAUACAACUUUAAGUCCGGCAGGGCAAAGCCCCUCUUUGUUUUGCAUCAGUUAGUAUCUUAAACUUAAUUCUGGGCUUUUGCCCUGCCAGACAAACUUCGAAAUGUCUCUCUGCCACUUCUGAAAGCACUCCAUUUUGUCCAAAACCUGAAGUGUUUGAAAUAAAAACAACAUUCUUGGCAAUACAUUCAUCUUAAUCGCAGCAAUUCGGCCUAACAAAGAAAGUUUCAAUUUUGACCAACUGUCUAAGUCUCUCUUAAUUUCUGUCCAACAUUUUUCAUAGUUAUCCUUAAAUAGACUUAGAUUUUUUGCUGUUAUGUUUACCCCUAGGUAUUUUACUUUUUAACCACAUUAAGUUCCGUCUCAUUCUGAAACCGUUCUGACUCUGUCUCAGUCAAAUUUUUUCCCAAAACCUUGGUUUUCUGUUUAUUUAAUUUAAAUCCCGCCACCCGACCAAAGUCAUUAAUCAAUUGUAAUACUCUUUUCGUACUAGGCUCUGGCUUCUGCAAGGUCAAAACCAGGUCAUCUGCAAAAGCUUUUAGUUUAUAUUGUUUCUGACCAACCUGAAUUCCUUCCACCAACUGGUCCCCUCUAAUCAUGUUCAAUAGCACUUCCAGAACCGAAAUAAAUAACAAAGGGGAGAUAGGGCAACCUUGUCGUGUCCCUUUUUCAAUUUUGAACUCUUCUGUAACCACAUUAUUAACUAUCAGUUUAGCUUUCUGUUCUGAAUAUAUCGCCUCAAUCCCAUUCUCAAAACCCCGUCCCACUCCCAUCUCUUUUAAAUUUCCCAUCAUAAAUUUCCAAGAAAUAUUAUCAAAGGCCUUCUCCGCAUCUAUAAAAAUUAAAACUGCUUUUGUAUUUAUGUCAGUUUGGAGAAGUUCCAAGAUGUCAAUAAUGUUCCUUGUGUUAGCAAACAGAUGUCUACCUGGGAGAAAACCGGCCUGGUCCUUAUGAAUUACUUCAUUUAAAACUUUUUUUAAAUCUACUUGCCAAAAUAUCUGCAAAUAUUUUGUAAUCCACAUUUAAAAGGGAGAUGGGACGGUAGUUCUUCAGUUGUGUCUUUUCAGCUUCUGACUUUGGUAUCAAUGUGAUAAAGGCUUCCUUCCACGAAUCCGGUGCCCUCUUCCCCUCCAUAAUUUCAUUGCUAACCUCCAUCAAGGGUUGUAUCAAAUAGUCUUUUAGUGUCUUAUAAUACUUGGAGGUCAGCCCGUCUGGCCCUGGAGAUUUGCCAAGUUGCAUGUUCUGAAUAGCUUGUUCAAUCUCCUGUCGUGUUAUUUUAGAGUUCAGGGUUGUCCUAUUUUCUUGUGACAGUUUAGAUAAUCCAUUUUUGCCAAAAAUUGUUUAAUCUCGACUUCGUCUUGCGGCCCUUGGGUAUAUAGUUUUUAAAAUAUCUCUGGAAACACUUUCUAAUGUCCACUGGAUUCUGAAUGUUUCUUCCAUCGACCUCUAAAUUUGUAACCGUAUUUAAUCUUUGUCUUCUCUUCAACUGCCAAGAUAGCAGUUUUCCACAUUUAUUCGCCGACUCAAACGUUUUUUGUUUCAUUAAUUUAAUCUUCCAUUCAAUUUCCUGAUUUAUCAAUUUAGAAUAUUGUGUUUGAUACAGUUUAAUUUCUCUCAGAGUUGGCUGUGACUUUGGAUUUACUCUUAAUUUCUUCUCUAAUUCUUUUAUUUUAUCCAAGAUCUUGUCUUUUUUCUCAUUUUGUGUUUUUUUCCUUACUACAUUCUGUUGUAUCAAGAAUCCCCUCAUGACAGCUUUGCUUGCGUCCCAGACGAUUCUUUUUCCACCGAAUUAUUCAUGUUUAUCUCGAAAUAGUCUUUCAAAACUUUUUGGGCCUUCUUGGUAGUUUCCUGAUCUCUAAACAAAUUGUCAUUCAUCUUCCAUCUAAAGGAUCCAGUUGGUAGUAGUGUCAUAUCCAUCUUUACUGCGUUGUGGUCAGAGCAGGUCUUUGGGCAGAUUUCCACUUUUCUAACCCUAGGUGCCAGGCCCCUAGAAAUCCAUAUUUGGUCGAUUCUUGUCCAGGUCAGUUGGGCUUCAGAAAAGAAUGUUCCUUCUCUACCUAGUGGGUUCUUUGUUCUCCAAAUGUCAAUCAAGUCCAUAUUGUCAGUCAUUUCAAAAAAAGGUUUUAGGUAGUCUGCCAUCUUUUGUGACAUUUUGACUUUGCGACUUGUCCAUGUUAGUUGAUACGACCCCGUUCAUAUCUCCCAUCAUUAUGAUGUUGUUGUAAUCCAGAUGAUCCAGCAUUGUCCCCUGCAACUUCUUGUAAAAUUCCGAUUUCCCUUCAUUGGGUGCAUAGAUUCCUAAUAUCAGCAGUUUCUCUCCUUGAUAUUGUAUCUCAAUAGCCAGAAUCCUUCCAUGUUCAUCUUUAAAUAGAAAUUUAGGUGACAGGCUCUCUUUUGCAUAUAUCACCACUCCUCUCUUCUUCACUUUGUCCGACGAAAUGAAUUCCUGGCCCAAUCUUUUAUUUAUUAGCACUUUUCUGUGGAGCCUCGUCACAUGUGUUUCUUGUAAACAGAUAAUGUCCAAUUGUUCUUUUUUUAAUAUAUGAAAUAUUUUCUUCCUUUUCUCCGGAAUGUUACAACCAUUAAUAUUCCAGCUCAACAGUUGCAGAGACAUCCUGGAUCUAUCUGGUUAUUUCUCCCGGGGUGGUGUCUUCUCUGAAUCUUCAAGUUCCCCAGGUGCAGGUAUUAAUGCUGGCUUUGCCCCAGGCCCAGAAGGUAGUUCAAUUCCUUUUUGUAGGUCCUCUCCGUAUGUAGCCAAAAAUUUAUCUCUCUCUUCCAAUGUUCUAAUUUUGACCUUUCUCGCUCUAAAGGUAAAAGAUAAUCCUUGGGGAAAUUCCCACCUGAAUGGAAUUGCGUUGCUCCUUAAUAAUUUAGCAAGUUCAGAGUAGGCGGCUCUGAGAUCCAACAGUUGUCUUGGAAUAUCUUUAUAUAUCUCAAUUCUUCUAUCCAAAACCUCCAGUGACUUUUCGUAAUGUAGACCCAAAAUCUUAUCCCUUUCCUCCUUCGAUCUCAAUGUAAUCAAACAAUCCCUGGGCCUCUCCUUCUUUAUAAAUCUUCCAAGUCUGAAAGCUGACACAAUUUUAAAGUCCUUUUCUUCCAAAUUCCAGAACUUGGAAAGUUCUUUGGUCAAAAACUCAGUUAGAUUUCCUUCUUCUGCCUCUUGUAAUGAUCUAAUCCUCAAAUUAUUCUCACGAUUUCGCAGUUCUAUCAUAGAAAGAUAAGUCUGAUGUUCCCCAACUUGUUUAGUGAGUGGUCUUACCUCUUGCUCUAAAUUUUCCAAUUUUUGUCUGGUAUCCUCAGCCAAUUUUCGAUUUUCUACUGAGGCCUCCGUUAACUGUCCAAUUGCUUGUGUAUUCUGUCCCACCUGUGUAGUUAAUUUGUUUAGACAAUCUGUAUUUUUAUCAAUCUUUGCUGAUUGCGCAUCUACUUUCUUGUCCAAAGCUUCCAAUUUUUCAAAGAUUUUUUCUAGAACAGAAACAGAUGCUCCUGAGGCCAUAUCUUCCAAUUGUAACUGCUCUGCUUCACCCUCUCCCUCUUUUGCCUGUGGCAAAGCAGCUUCUUCCAGUUGUACUUCUGAGGGCAAAGUAGGCACAGAUGAUCUACGUGUCUGCGAGGCUGAGGUUAGAGUUGUUAAGGUUGUUUGUCUAACUCUUCCUCUUCUUCUUGUACCACUCAUUCCAAUGUUAUCUAUCAGUCAAGGUCACACUGAGUUUUUCCCACAGGAAUAGAAAGGCCCAGAGCAAGCAAACAACAAGGGAAUCGAAAGUAAAUGUAUUUGUAAAGUCACUGUUUUAAUCCAAUCCUCUAGAGGGAGCUUAAGAUGUCUUUCAGAGUCUAAUUUAAUGUCCCAGAACCUUCCAAUAUAAGUAUUAAGCAGAGUUUAAAAGUAAUCACUUUGUUGCAGACAGUGCUUAUUUGUCUCCAGAAAGAAUGUUUCAAAUUUAAAAGGUCUCAAUACCCUCAGAUUGUUGCAAGUUCUAAUAUACAGUAUCCAACUCAACACUGACAGCUCACUCUUACAGUGCUCAAGCAGUCCUGACUCUGGGUUUCACCUUCCAAUUUGUAAUCCAAUAAAAGGGGGAAAGUCAAAUACAAAUAAAAAGUUCAAAUCUUUAGCUUACUGGUUUUACUUUAAAUUGUAAGUUCCAUAGAUGCUUGGCUGUGCAGAAUUUAAAAUCUCUUUCUUUCAGCCUCCACUCCUCCGCCUUAGGUUGCUUUUUUUUUCAAGUUCAAUGGCUGCGGAAGACGGACUUCCUGUUUCCACGUCUCUCCGCUUUCAGCCAAGUUCAAGCCGAAUUAAACCUUCUCAUUUAAAAUUUGUAAUUCCAAGUGAUUCAGUCUUUACUCACGAGUAAGUUGUUUUUCUUCCAAGUCCGAAUUUUGACAGGAAAAAGGAUCAGCGCUCACCGGCAGCAGCAGCGCGGCUUCACUCCGCUGACUGUGAAACGGCUCUCAGCGCCGCAACCCCCCUCCACGCUCCGGAGCCCCUUACGAGGCUCCUUCUGCAGUUAGAGGGCUGCUCGUGGCGCCCGCCGAGCCUCAGGACCCCAGGCUCUUGCUGCCUGGGGUUUUCCUCGUUGGGUCUCCGCUUCGCCGUAGCGGACGACCCGAUUUUCAGCGGAGCCUCCUCUCCCGUCGGGAGAAGACCGCCAUUGCCGUUCGCGCCGCCCCCCGGAAGUGCACAUUUCAGAUUCUUUGGCUGACCCUGGGUCUAGUAUUAUGAGAGGAACAGAAGAAAAACAUGAUCUUCUUUUCCCACCUCUUACAUACAUAAUUUUACAAGCCUUUGCCAUAUUUCCCCCACAGCCCUUUACUGGUUUUUUUUGUAAACUAGAACACCCCAAAUAUUAUAACCUUUCAUCAUAGGGGAGUUACUUUAGCCACAUAUGGCUUGUCUUUUCUUCAUCUUUUGAGGUCUUGCACAUACUUUUUGAGAUAUGGUGACUAGAAAUGUACAAAUGGCAAGUUCUUCCCUGGGGAUAUCUCCUCCUCUGGAGAUGUUUUUCUGCCUGCCUGCCUACCUACCUACUGAGCAUCUCAUUCUCUCUAGUUUACAGCCAAGCAGCUGGAGAAGCUUGCCAAGAAGGCAGAAAAGGACUCCAAAACCGAGCAAGCCAAAGUCAAGAAGGUAAUGGAAAUGAAUGCUGGUGAUGAGAGUAACUGCCAGAUGUACCUGGAAGGCUGACUGCUUCUCCAAUCAGGAACUCCAAUAGCAGCAUUGCUGCUCUCUCUAAGCCUCUUUGCUUACACACUGUGGUUCCCCAUUUGAACAUCGGGAACCAGUGCCCCUCCAGAUCUUGUUCAAUUCUAACUCUUAUCAGCCCCAGUCAGUAUGGCCAGUGGUUUGGGAUGAUGGGAGUUGGGUCCAACAACUUCUGGAGUGCCACAGAUUCCGUAUCCUUGUUUUAAUUGUUUUUGUUUUAAGGCUCUGUGUUUCCUGUGUCUCUCUGCUCAGUGCAAAGUUUUGGCUCCCUUAGUUUCUCCUUUCUAUGCCCAUCCUCUCUGUCUUUUGCUGCGUUCCAUUUCUGGCAGAGCCUCAUCUUCCCCCAUAACUGAUCUACUUGUCUGUCUCUGUCUUUAGUAGCUCCAUUCCUGAACAUGUUUGUCCAUUUUCUUGCUUUUUUCCUUCACUCCUGAUUUCUUUGUCUAGUGCAGAUUGUAAGUAAGGACCUUUCUACAUUGUGGGCACUACAUUGUUGCACCACUAAAAAUGGAGAGGCAUGGGGCAGUCCUUAUUUCGGGAAAAGGUGGGCCUUGCAAGUCUGUGCCAUGUAUAGAAUUCUUGAUGUUGGGAGACACUGUUUGAAGGCCACCUUCUUGUUUUGGCCAAGCCAUGCAUAUACGUUGUCAGGUGUGGGGCAGGUAAAGAUGCAGCUGGCUUGAAAGGUUUUCUGGCUGAUUGGCAGGAUGUUUAGAGCCCCAUGCAAGUGCUCUGAUUCUGGUGAAUUCACCCUGAGCAUCUCCCCAUUUUUCUUCUGCUCCAGGCCCUUCAACAGAAGAAUGUGGAAUGUGCCCGUGUCUAUGCAGAGAAUGCCAUUCGGAAGAAGAAUGAAGGCUUGAACUGGCUCCGUAUGGCUUCUCGAGUGGAUGCGGUGGCCUCUAAGGUCCAGACAGCAGUGACUAUGAAGGGGGUAAGAAGAUGCACUUUGGCACUGGUGUUGAGUAUCCACAGUCUAACCUGGUAGAUACUUCCUCUUCCCUGCUGCUAAAGGCUACAAGGACUUGCCUUUCACAUUGGCCAUGUUUGCACAUAAUGUUUACCAACAUGGUGUGCAGCUUCAUGACACCCAGUGAAAAUCCCCUACUUUGUGCUCACCAAGGUCUCCUGCCCCUCUCAUUGCUUUUUAAAAAAUCACGUUUUUACCAUAGGCAUUGCUGGGCAAGGUGGGUUGAUUUACAUUGAGAUGAUUUAAAUCACAGCCAUUUUGUGGUGGUGCCUAUGCCAGUUUCUCAUAUUUCCAUAACCUUCCCCCACUCCAGUCCAUCUGAAAAAGUCCACACUUCACCAUUCGUCAAUAACAAACUAUGGCUUACUGGGAACGAGCAACAGACUGAUGCACUCUCUCAGUCGCAACUGCUUCACCCCUCCCUAGCAAGAAACAACACUGAGCUGACUGCUGUGUGGUUUAACGUUCAAGCCAGUGCUUGUGUCUUGUUUCUCUCCAAACACACCAUGACUGGUAAGCCAAGAGCAAACCUCAGCUUCCACAUGUGAUUUAUUUGGCAAGAAACAAAUCACCAGCACCGCUUAGUAUGUAACACUAAGCCAGCCGCUCCAUGGUUCUGUAAAGGGGGCACAGGGAAGGAACUGGGCAGGAUGACUGAGCAGCACACAGAGUAAUUUAUUAUUUCAGGCUAUGGUGUACCAUUACAUGAAAACUGAGCUACAGUUGGACCGACAGCCACCGAUCCAGCCAGGUGUUGUCUGUCUUGGUUAGCAACAGAUUUCUAAGAUCUCUGGAAGAGUGCUUUUCCAGCCUUACUGCCCGAGAUCCAAUCUGCAAUUUAAUCCAUAAUAUUAGGCAUAUUGUUAUCGGCAAACAUGCUCAUUUGACCCCUGGGUUGCUGACUCUUCCUUAUCCCAUAUUGGUAUGUGAGCAGAACUGGUCAGUCUGGUUUGCUCCAUUGGAGCCCUGUGGGCUACUUUGGGGCCAAAAAAUGUUCCUCUUACCCACUCUGCCCCUUUCCACUCCGCCCAUUUUUUUCUCUGCUGCUCUCUGUUGCCCUCAGCAUCUCAGUCCUGGCCCCUCUUGACUUUAGACCUUGAGUCUGGGCUUCCAAGACUGAAAGUGAUGAAACAGCCGUUAAGGUCUGUCAGCUGAGGACCAUCUUGGUUGUGACUUGCGCUUCUGAAACCCUCAUUCCCUGCUCAUUUGACACUUUCUGCCCCCUGGCCUUUCCUGUCAUUGUUGCUCUGAGGGACAUAACUCUUAAAUCAGUGGUGGAGAACCUCCAGCCUGUGAACCUAGUUAGACCUACCAGCCCUGCCCAUUUGGCUAAUGGAGGUCACUUCAGCCAAGCCAUGCCCAUCUGCUCUGGAGCAGGUAAAGAGGCAGUGCAGCUGAAAUGAAAGCGGGUUUGCAGGCACUGCUGAGCAGUCCUCUGCACCACAUUUUGCAAAGGCUGUUGAUCAGCUGGUUGAUGGCACUUGCAAAAUACAGGGCGGUGCUUUGGCCUGCACAGUUUGAUUUUAAACUGUACAGGCAGAACAGGACACCUGACAUCAUUGUGAUGCCAGGUGAUUGACAACCCACCUGUCAAAUUUGGCUCAUGGGGUGGGAGAAGGGGAGAAUGCAUCUUGUGGACCAGAUUCAGUUUCCCACACUUUAUUUAAGUCCUCUUCAUGUCCUGGCUCCAGCCCUCUGGGCAAUUCCCUGAGGGGCUUCUGCUUCCUUAAUGCAUGAGACAUUUUCUGACUCUCUACUGCAGGUGACUAAGAACAUGGCCCAGGUGACGAAGGCCUUGGACAAAGCACUCAGCUCUAUGGACUUGCAGAAGGUCUCCGCUGUGAUGGACAAGUUUGAGCAGCAGGUCCAGAACUUGGAUGUUCACACUUCGGUAAGGGCUGUUUGCUGUCCAGCUAGAACAAGGCAUCUGUGCUGUAAUGCUAUGGGUGGUGGGAUGCAAGACACCUUAAAACUCCUUCUUCCAGUAAACCUGUUCUGUCCCCAUCCCCCCCGUUUGCCUAUGAAUCCUUCUCCUUCCAUCUACCCCCUCACUGCUAGAUAUGGUGAAGUUCUGUUGAAGUUCAAACUUCUGCUGUAGGAAGUGUGUAAAACACUCUUUUUUAGCAGUAUGUAUGCUCUGGUCUGGAGUUUGGAAUGUAGGAAGCUGCCUUAUACUGAGUCAGACCACUGGUCCAUCUAUCUCAGUAUUGUCUACACUGACUAGCAGCAGCUCUCCAGGGGUUUCAGACAGGGAGCCUCUCCCAGCCCUACUUGGAGUUGUUGGGGAUUGAACCUGGGCCCUUCUACAUGCAAAUCAGAUGUUUUACUGAUGAACUAUGGCCCUUGGAUGUGGGCUAGGGCAGGAGGAAGGCACAGAAUGUAAAUGAACAGCCCUUUUCAUGUAUGCAGUGUGUUGGGUCUGCUAGCCCACUGUUUGGUUGUGCACAACUCUACCCUUCCUGUGUAGAGGUAGUGAUUGUGUGUGUGUUUCCCCUGCUCUCAAUGCAAGCUUCUUGUAGAAGGUACAUGCGGGCCUUACUACUGCUGUCGCCCUUCUACAAAUUCCAGUAGGAAUGGGGAGAGAGCCCCCUUCAUUUUCUGUCCACAAACUGCAAGGGGAAAAGGAAAAGAUUGGUGGGCCUAUUGGUGGACGGCAGUAGCACCUUCCGGUUUUUAUUCAUAUGUAAUUUUUAUUGAUCUCGAGAAAACAAAUAGAGAAACUUCAAGUAAACAUCAUAGAAUCCACCUGCAGAUUAUACAAUACUUAGUACUGACUAGCUCACAGCAAAUAAUUAAAUUAUCUUGGCAGAAAUGUGUAAAAAGUAACAAUAGGAAGGAAUGGCAGACAAAUUGAGGGAAGUCAAAAAAGAGAAGUAAGAUGUAAUUAAGAUGUAUGGAAUGUAUAAAUUUGUUUUUGUAUUUGAAAACUAAUAAAAAUAUAAUAUAUAAAAAUAAAAAUUAAAUUAUCUUGAAAGAGUCAUUAACAGUUGUGUGUGAUAACUAGGCAUCAGCGGAGCCCCUCCAAAGCGAUGUGUGGAUAUUGGGAGGGCCUGAGAAUUUUAAGUCCAUAUUGAUAAAGAGGAAAAAAUAAGAACCGCAAUUUUUCAAACUGAUCUUUCCUCACUUCACUUCUUGCCACUUGUCUGUGUGGUGUAAGAUGUUCAGACAGGACUAUCUUCCAGACAAUGUUGAACCAUGCCUCUGUCAUUAUACAUUACUUCCAAUGUUGAGCAAUGAACAUCUGAGCCACCACCAGAUGUUCAUCAGUGGGGGACAGUAGUAGCACCUUCCUGCUGCAGGGAGAUCUGGAAGGGGAUGUUUUGUGCUGGACACAUGUGUGGGACAGCAGGAGGAAUAAUUUCCACUGAGAAGCAGGCCUGUUUGUUGGGACUGUACCCAUUUGCUUCUGUAGCUUUGGGGACAUAUUCUUGUGUUCUGUUUCCUCCCUCCUUGCUAAUGAUCUGUUUUGUGGUCCCCACAGGUGAUGGAAGACUCCAUGAGCUCAGCUACUACACUGACCACACCCCAGGAGCAAGUUGACAGUCUGAUAGUACAAAUUGCUGAGGAGAACGGCCUGGAAGUCAUGGAUCAGCUGAACCAGCUGCCUGAGGGGGCCUCGGCGGUGGGAGAGAGCUCUGUGCGUUCCCAGGAGGACCAGCUAUCGCGAAGGUUCGUUGACACCCAAACAUGCCCAUAAUCAUUUUGUAGGAUUCAAAUUCCUGCUUCUCGGCCAACAACAGAGACCCAGGCUGGAAGCUUUUAAAAUAUCUAUAGGUUGCCAUAUUCUGGUAGCGAGUAGCAUCACUCUUCUCUCCCCAAAACAGCACUACCCAUCCAUGGUAUCAGCUGGUUUUGGGGAGCCAAGAGGUUUUCAAAAGUAUUUUUUAAAAAACUAUAUAAAAUUAAUGUUAAAUGCAAAAUUAAAGAAAGAAAGAAAGAAAGCUUAAGGGCAAACAACCCUAAGGGACAGUCUCCAGAAAUAGCCUGACAAGCACUGAGCAUGGUUCUGGGCUGCAGAAUCUUCCCUGAUGUGGCAAGAGGGGAAAGAAGGCAACACUGAACAAGAGCUGUAAUACAUUUUUGCAAUUCCCCAUGGUCAAAACUACAAAGCCAGCUCUUUUCUGUACCUUAAAAAAAAGCCUUCUUUUUUAAUUUUCUAUUUCUCCCGUGUUCCUGUCCAGGUUGGCUGCCCUGCGGAAUUAACCCUCUCUACUCCCCCUAAUGGACUGUUGCUUCUGCCUUGUUCAACUAUGAUUUGUGGACUUCCUGCGGGAGGCCCCUGGCCACUCCGUCCUACGGUGAUCGGAAGGAAGACUGGUCCCUCGACUCCUCCAGGCCUGCUGUGUUCAGCAAUGGACUUUAAAUCCUCUCAUGGUGAUGGCAAUUUACUCUCUAAAGAUAGUGGCAGCAGCAAGCACCUGUGCAUGAACUUGCCUAGGCUUGGCUGGGAUGGCGUGAUUGGGAGGCAAAUUUAUUGGUAUAGUUCUCCUCCCCCCCCCCAACUUCUUUUUUCAGCCCACACUUCCCAUCAUCCUCUUGUGCCUGAAAGUCACUGGAUGAAAGGAACAAGAGCAUAUAGCUCUUAGAAAUGAUUCAGGCAGAGCCCUUGCAAGACUUAAAACCUUUAUAUCUGGAACCUGUGUCUGGUGUGUGGAGGCAGGUGUGCUGUUUGUUUCUCCUAAUAUCAGUCACUUCCUUGGCUUAAGGCAGCCUCCCUGCCCUGCCCUCCAGAUCUUUGGACUACAACUCCCAUAAACCCCAGCUUCUACAUCUGAUGGGAGUUGUGGUCAAAAGCAUCUGGAGAGCACUAAGUCAGGGAAGGCUGUUUUAGGGGAUGACUUGUGGGAAUUGGAAUUGGAAUUGUGCUACAAAGUGAGCUUGUCGAGAGAAUGGAUGUGUACCUUUCUCCCCUCCCCUGCCUGUCUGUUUACACACCAUUUUGGAUUUACACACCAUUAAGUGACCUUUGAAACUAAUGUUCCUUUAUUUUCUCCCUCCAUUACACACAGAGAGAGAUAGAUUCAUUUGCUGAUUCUACACCCUCUGAUUCUUCUGCCGGCCCUCUUAAGAACUCUUUGCUUGUGUUCUGCAUUUCAGUUCACCCUUGUCCAACAUGUACCUUUCCUCAAACUUCUGGAAGGGGAACCCUCAUGUACAGAGAUGCUUGGGUCUUUCCCCCUGAUUUGUCAUAUUGGAGAAGUUUGCCUCUUGGUUCCAGAGCAGCACUUCCCCCUGCGCUCUCACUCUCUUUUCCUCCCCUUUCAACAAGACUUGGGACCUCCUAAUACUCUGGGUGGAAAUGGUGGGGCUUCGCAGGAUUAGGUUCUUGUCUUCAAUGGUGUUGCUUUGAUCUUUCUGCCAGAGCCGAUGUCAAGAGAGCAAGAACCUCUUUGGUCUCCUGUAAGAAACCACGCUGUUCCACUUUGCUGCUGGUAUUUAAAAUGAGGUCUCUCUCCUCCCGCCAUUCUGUCUCUGAAGGGCUUGGCCUUUAUGCUUGUGCUGUUCCUGUUCUUCUAAGCCGCACUUUGUGGGGUGGGGUGUGGGAACAGAGGGCGUGUUUUCAUUGUGAAAGGCUUGUUGGAAAGGUGUUAUGGAGUGCCACAUCCUCCCAGCUCCUUCUUGGGAAAAACACUGCUCUGUUUUGCCUUCCUCCACCUCUAGUUAAAAAAAAAAAUUAAAGCGUAUGCUGUUGUUUCUUUAAUGCUGUUUUAAAUAAAUUACUCUCCGGAAA